AUGGCCGAAUUCCUCAUUGAAGACAAAGAUUUGGUCGGGCUCAAGGGUAAGGUGGCCAUCGUGACAGGUGGUUCAUCAGGUAUCGGCCUCGCUGCAGUCAACACGCUUCUCUCCCAGGGUGCGUCCGUCGUCAACGCAGAUAUCCAGCCGCCGGCGGAACAACCCGAAAGCUCUUACACGUUUGUGAAGACCGAUGUCACAGUCUGGGCUCAACAGAUUGCGCUCUUCAAGAGUGCGAAGGAGAUCUACGGACGUAUCGACCAUGUCUUUGCCAACGCUGGCCUCGGCCCCCGCGCCAACUAUCUGUCUACGGAAGUAGACGAGAACGGCGAUCUGAAGGAGCCUACACAUCAGCUUCUGGAUGUCAGUCUCACAGGUGUAAUGCACACGGCUACUAUCGCAAUAUACUACAUGCGGCAACAGGCUGAGGGUGGCAGCAUUGUCAUCAAUGGUUCUACCACCGGUCUCCAACGGCUUCGUGCGGUGGACUACUCCACGGCCAAGCAUGCGGUUCUCGGAUUCGGACGUGGUCUGAUCCCGCUCAUCGCAUCUGCCAACUUGCCCAUCAGGGUCAACACCUUGGCGCCGACAUGGGCGGAUAGCAGCGUGUUGCCGGACUUGAAGGGCCUCAUGGCCAAAAUUGGAGUCGAGAUCCAGACCGCUGAAGCCGUUGCCCGCGGUGCAGCGUAUUUGAUGGCUGAUACCUCCCGGAACGGCAAUGUGAUCCAUGUGCAGCUUGGAAAGUACAAGGAGAUUGACGAGGCUGUCCUACUCCCGGCUUUUGAGUCUAUUAAGGGACCUGAUUAUCCUGGCGAAGACGAGGUUCUGCGCCGUCUGCAGGAACUCAUGAUGGCCGCUUAA